AUGUCUAAUGGAUUGAAUGGUGAUGGGUCUGCCUGCAGAAGAGGGGAGAGCAGUCAACUACAGGCUGUAAUCUCUGCAGACCCCGAGUCGGAAGUAGAGGAAGGGAGAUUAGAGCGACUCGUCGGAAAGGGAAAGAUUGAGAAGAAGGGAAGGAAGAGCGAAUUAAAAGAGUAUAAGAAAUAA